AUGGCCGAUAAACCUAAAUCACAUCAAUUUAGAGCAAUGUUUUUUAAAAACUCGACAUUUAUAAAAAGACAAAAAUGUUCAUUAUGUGUUCAAAUUUCGAUUCCAUUAAUAUUGGUAAUUGUUUUAGUUAUAGUUCAAAUUUGGAUUAAAUCUCAAAUGUCAAAUCUUGACCCAAACAGCAGCGAAAUUAAUCCAUCAUCAAAUAUAUUUUCUUACGAUCCAAUGGCUUCUUAUAUUUUUGAAACCAAUCCAAAUGGUUUAUCAAAUAUAGGUUCAUUAAGUGCAACUGGUGAAGGCAGUGGACUUUUAGGUGCAACUCCACAAACCUUUGAGCAAUUUUAUAAAAAUCAAUCUUAUUUACCAUAUUACAUUUCAUUUGACAACGUCAACGACAUGGAGAACGAAAUCCUUUUACAAAAAAAAAUAAUGCGAGAUAAUCAAAAUAAUAAUAAUAUGUUUACCAAUAAUCUUCCAACUUCAGCUUUAGCUUUUAAUAGUUUUUCAGUUCAAAACCAACAAUUAAGUGUUAAUAUUUCAACAGAAUCACAGUCAAGAUAUCUUUGGGGUGUAAGUGCACAAAAUUUGGUGUUCACAUUAAAUGUUUUAAAUUCAGCAUUUAUAAACUAUGUAUAUGGUACCAAUGUUUCCAUUCAAGUAAAUUCAGUUUCUCUUCCAUCCUAUUCACAGUCUACAAACGUUGAUAUUGCUUCACUUUUAGGUGGUAGCUUUUACCCAUUUGCUUUAUCUUUUAUCUUACCACUAUUUGUAUUUUCAAUAGUUGUUGAAAAACAAGAAAAGUUACGUGAUUUAUCUUUAAUGAUGGGUUUAAAAAUAAGAAACUAUUGGAUUAUGAAUUAUAUUUUCAACUAUUUAUUAUAUUCAAUAAUUGUAGUUUUUGUCGUUGGUGUAAGUUCUGCAUUUGAUUUUGCUGUAUUUACCAAAGGUUCAGGAUUUGGAAUGUUUUUAUUAAUAUUUGGAUGGGGUCACGCUAUGGUUUCUUUCUCUUUCUUCCUUAGCACUUUCUUUAAGAAAACUCGUACUGCCUCAAUCUUUUGCUAUUUCUUAGUAAUUGUUAGUGUAAAUUUAAAUUCACUUUUAAGUUUUCAAGUUUAUUUAAAUUCUGCUCCACCUACACCAUAUUACUUUUAUCCAUUGUUUGCAUUUUAUAGAGGUAUUUCUCAAUUAAGUACUCAAUGUGGUAUAGAUUUAUGUCCAAAAUGGGAAAGCUAUACAUGGGAUUUCGAAACCUCUAAAAUUAUUUUCUGGCUCUACAUAGAUGCAGUUGUUUAUUUAAUUUUAGCAUUAUAUUUGGAUCAAGUUUUACCAAGAGAGUUUGGUGUACCAAGUCAUCCAUUGUUCUUUUUAGAACCAAUUAAAAAGUUAUUUAUCAAACCAAAAUCAGAAACAAAGGAACAAUACAAUGAAAAAACCAGUUUAAUAUUAAACCAUCACCAAGAAAAUAACAAUUUUGAUGAAACUAUUGAUGAAGAUGUUUCAAAUGAAAAGAAAAAGGUUCAACAAAAAUUAUAUGAUCCAAGUAAAAUCUCAAUUGUUAUUGAUAAUCUUUCAAAGCAUUAUCCAGGUCGUCCAAAGCCAGCUCUAGACGGUUUACACUUAACCAUUGAACGUGGUGAAGUAUUAGGUCUUUUGGGUCCAAAUGGUGCUGGUAAAACAACAACAAUUUCAAUAUUAACCGGGUUAUAUAAACCAACAAGUGGUACCGCAACUAUUUGCGGAUAUGACAUCCGUACCGAUAUGGACUCCAUUCAUCGUAUUAUUGGGGUAGCUAUGCAAUUUGAUAUAUUUUGGGAAGAUCUCAGUUGUGUUGAAACUCUUUUAUACUAUGCAAGACUUAAAGGUGUACCAAUUGCCAAAGAAAUAGAAUCAGUUGAAAUGGUAUUAAAAGAAGUUAAUCUCUUUGAUGUAAAAGAUCGUUUGGUUAAAGAGCUUAGUGGUGGUAUGAAGAGAAGACUCUCUUUUGCAGUUGCCAUGACUGGUGAUAGCUCAUUAUUAUUCUUUGAUGAACCAUCUACAGGUCUUGACCCAGAAACCAAAGCUAAUCUUUGGGAAACCAUCAACACAUUAAAAAAGAACCGUUCAAUUAUUUUAACAACCCACAGCAUGGAAGAAGCCGACUAUUUAUCAAAUCGUAUUGCUAUUGUAUCACAGGGUAAACUUCAAUGUUUAGGAAAUCAAACUCAUCUAAAAGCUAAAUUUGGUGACGGUUAUUCAAUUAGAAUUAAUAUUGAUGAGAAAUUUGUAGACACACACUCACCAACCGAAUUAAUUAAAGAAUUUUCAUCAUCAGCAAUUUUAGCAGAAAAUUACAAUGGUAGUUAUGUUUAUCGUUUACCAAAAACAACAGUCAUUUCAGAUCUUUACAAACAUUUAGUUGAAAAUAAAGAGCAUUAUCAUAUUCAAGAGUGGGGUCUCAGUCAAACUAGUUUGGAGGAUGUUUUCCUUAAAAUUUCAGAAAAUGAUGAUACCGUAAAUUAA